GUUGCAUUUGGUCAAUCCGAUUGAAAGCUCUAUCUUUGUCUUGAUACCUAGCAAAACCAUUUCAGUCCGCCAGCCAACCAACGGCGACUUGCCGGCCGCCGCCGCCGCCAUGCUCCAGCUCCAGAUGCACCCUCUCCUGCUGCCCUGCGCCGGCCCCCACCCUACCACGGCCACGCUCUCCUACUCUCUCCACCGCCGCCUCGCUCUCUCCGCCUCCACCACCCCAUUCUCAACGGAGGAGUACCUCAUCGUCACCUGCGGUCUCACCCGAGCCCAGGCGCUCAAGGCGUCCAAGAAGCUCUGCCACCUCAAGUCCGCCUCCAACCCAGACGCCGUGCUCGCCCUCCUCUCCGGCGUUGGCCUCUCCCGCCCCGACAUCGCCGCCGUCGUCGCAGCCGACCCGCUGCUCCUCCGCUCCAGGGUGGACAACGUCGCCCCCCGCCUCUCUGCCCUCCGCGACCGCCUCGGCCUCUCGGCGCCCGAGAUCGCCAGCUUCCUCCUGGUGGGCGCCACGGCCCUCCGGUCAUGCGACAUCACUCCCAAGCUCGAGUUCUGGAUCCCCUUCUUUGGCUCCUUCGGCAAGCUCCUCCAGACCAUGAAGAGGAACAGGUCCAUCCUGACCACCGAUCUGGAGAAGGUCGCCAAGCCCAACAUAGCGCUGCUGGAGCAGUGCGGGCUAAGUGUUUGUGAUAUUGUCAAGCUGUCGACGCCCUGCUCUAGGCUGCUGGUGUUCAACCCAGAGCGGGUGAAGGCGUUUGUGCUGCGCGCCGAGAAGCUUGGCGUGCCCCGCUCCUCGUACAUAUUCAAGUACGCGGUGGGUGUCGCAUGUUCUAUCACGGAAGACAAGGUCGCCGCAAGGAUGGAGUUCUUGAGGAGCACUCUUGGUUGCUCCAUGGACAAGGUGCGUGUUGCGGUUCGCAACAAGCCACACAUUCUAGGAAUAUCCGAGGAGAAACUCCGUCUCAAGAUAGAGUUCAUGGUCAAUGAGGUUGGAUUGGAUCCAGAGUACAUUGUUGAGAGGCCCAUGCUGUUUACCUACAGCCUGGAGAAGCGGAUGAAACCCCGGUAUUAUGUCGCAAAGAUCCUGCAGGCUAAGGGACUGAUGAAGAAAAGUGUCGGCUUCCGGCGAUUAGUUGGCUAUGGUGAGGAUAAUUUCAUUGCGACAUACAUGGACAGUCAUCAGGACACUGUUCCUGGGCUUGCAGAUGCUUAUGCAGCAGCUCGGGCUGGGGAAAUGCUUCUGAUGUCCAGCUUUGAAAGCAGACAUUGAAGGUUCAUCAUAUAUCUUAGGCUCAUAGCUAGCAUGGAACAUUGUGCCCUGUUCGAAGCAUGAUUGUAGAAAUCAUGAUUUUAGCCGCAGAACUAUGGCAAUCUGAUUGCUCGUGAUGCUAUCCAUGUUUCAGUUGUGAAUUUCUGUGAAGCAACUUCAUUGUCUCAGUUUUGCUGCCCUACAACUAAUGUAUCGUAGCUUCCUGUAAUUCAGAAAGUGAUGUUUUCACAGCUACAUAUUCGCUCCCUUGUGCCUUA